AUGAGUUCUAGUGAAACUCUUAUUCAGCGAAUUACCAACGAGAUGCCUUUAUAUGUGUCCAUAAUUUCACUUCUAUUUGGUUCAUGUGAAUCUACAGGUAUAUUACCAAAUGGACUUAUGUUAUCCUUUAGCUUUUCAACAUUUCGAAAUGUUGUAAAAACAAAACAGCGUGUAGGUGCGACGACAACAAGAAUGACGACUGAACAACGACGUACACAAAAAGCAGAAUCACAACUUAUUGCUGCAAGUCUCAAUUGGUUAUAA